GGAACUUUUUGAGGAAGCGAAUGAGAAGUUAGUUGGAAUAUCUCGAAACUCAUUGGGGUUUUGAAUGUCGGUCACACAGAGCUAGCUUUCUUCAGUUUUCAUUGGCUGUUGUGGUAGCGAGGCGGGGUUUGGCGGUAUUCUUGACAUGGCAGACAGUGGCGACUGGCGGCCGCCGCGGCCCUGCGAGACCUACCGCGCCGAGUGGAAGCUCUGCCGCAGCGCCGGGCACUUUCUGCACCACUACUACGUCCACGGCGAGCGGCCGGCUUGCAAGCAGUGGCUGCGCGAUCUGGCCAGCUGCCGCGAAUGGGAAGAGCGUCGGAGCGCCGAGGCCCAGAUUGUCUUUAGACAGUAUAAUAUUGCUGGUCCUGUAUGACUAGGAGACAGCCAUCAUGCAGCCCUCAUAACACAACGAUGAAAAGGCAGAAGAUCUAAGUUCCUGCAGCAGAGGGAGUGUGCGCUGUAGAGGGUAGGGAAUGAAGAUGGACAAGUACCAGGGAUCUGAAGAGUCUUGAUGAAUAGUAAAGAGUCUAACGUUUAGCCUAAAAAGUGUUUUGGGAAGCGUAAUUUGAUUUAUAUCUUUCAAAGAUCAAUUUGGUUACCAGAGUGUAGAGGGGCAGAGGGACAAAUAAGAGGGUGGUCCCUUAAUUCAGCAAUAUCUAUCCUGAUCUUGGAGAUACAAGAGUGAUGAGAAUGGAGCCCCUGCUCUCUUGGAACUGUAGUAUAGAGCACUACUGUAGAAUAAUAUAGUACCUUGGAGCUGCUGUGGAUAAAGAGAUGAAGAAAUGAAGAGAGAGAAAAUGUCAGGGAACAGUGCCCCUGGGAAGUGCUAGGAAACAAGAAAGGGGGGCCAACAGGACCGUCCUGGGGCAUCAGCAUUGCUAAAAGUGUGUGAAUUUUGUUUUGUUUAAGACAGGGUCUUACUACGAAAUUCAGGCUAGCUUUGAACUGACUACAGUAUGUAAGCCAGGCUGGCCUCAAACUCAGAGUAAUCCUCCAGCUUCAGCCUCCAAAUUGCUGGAAUUACAGGCAUGUGUCACUGUGCCUGGCUAUGUAUGUGGGUACUCUGAAACACAAACCAAUGUGAAAAAAAGCUGCCAUAUAAAAGAAAAUGAUGCUAAAUCGAUAAUCAGUAAAAGGCAAAAAUAUAAGACAGGACUAGAGAUAUGACUCAGUCAGUGACACAGCAUAUACUUAGCAUGAGCCAGACCCCAAGUCAGUCCCCACCACCACCACCAAAAAAAAAAAAAAAACUGAAUAAGGCAGUACACACAUGUGAUCUCAGCUCUUUGCUGAGGGAUUGCAGCCUAGACAAUAAGUGACUUAGCAAGACACUGUCUCAAAAUAAAGGGCUGAGGUUGUAGUUCAGUCCCCAGUACCACAAAUAUACAUACAUACACAUACACAACUAUGGGAGAAAGCUUGCAGGUAUAUGACAAGAGAUUGGUAACCUUGGACCUGGGGAUUUAGCUCAGCAGCAUAAGUGCCUGCCUUGUAAGCGCGGUCAUGAGUUCGAUCCCUAGUACCGAUAAAAAAAAAAAAUAAGCCUUAAUAUCUGUGUUUAUGCUAAUAUCUGCAUUGGCUCAUAUAUCAAUAUAAAAUCUGGAGAUGAUUUCAAAUAGAAAAAUGAGCCAAAAAAAAGAAAGAAAAAGGAAAAAUCAGCAAAAGGUACAAAGAAGCAAUUCAUUAAAAAAGAAAACCAAUGGGGCUGGGGAUUGAGCUCAUCAGCAUAAGUGCCUGCCUUGCAAGUGUGCAGUUGUAAGUUUGGCCCCCAGUACCAAAAAGAAAAAAAAACCCAAAUGGCUAGAUUUCCAGGUUAAAAUGACAGUGGCUUUGGCCAAGUAGAAACUUGGAAGUGUUGAUAGGGGUUUGUAGAAUGCAAGGCACUUAUGCAGUGUUGGUGGGAUUGUUCAGUGUUCUGAUUAGCUCUAUAUACAAUAUAGACUUUUUGACCCCAAAGUUUUUACUUCUGGGAGUUUAUCUUACCUAAGUGAUUGAAUAACAGUGCACAGAUAAAACUUGAAAAUGUUCAUUGUGUCACCAUUUAUGACAGUACAAAAAAUGAAAGAUACCUAAAUUUCACUAAGCCUCCUAGCUGCUGAGAUUAUAGAUGUACACCAUAACAUCUGGCUCAAUUGGUUUGCAUUUAUUUUUCUUUUUAUGAGACAAGGUCUCACUAGUUCAGGUUGAUUCACUGGGUACCCAAGACUGGCCUGGAACUUGUCAAAGUCCUCCUUCCUUUGCCUCCCAAGUGCUGGGAUUAAAGACUUAUUCCUUUUUAAAUAAAAACAUUUAGCCAGGCAUGAUGGCACACGCCUGUAGUCCCAGUACUCAGGAGGCUGAGGCAGGAGGAUUACUGAGAGUUCAAGAUGAGCCUGGGCUACAAAAUGAGCUCAAGGCCAGCCUGAACUGCAUAGGGAAACCCUGUCUCAAAAAGACAAGUAAAUAAAUAAAUAUUUAAGGGGCUGGGAAUGUAAUUCACUGAUCGAAUGCUUACAUAAUAUUCAGAGGGGCCUAGUUUCUAAUCCCUAAUGCCACAAAAAGAAGUUUAUCUUUUUUUUUUUUUUUUUGGCUUUUUCGUUUUUACCGGUACCAGGGAUCGAACUCACGACUGCCUGCUUUCGAGGCAGGCGCUUAUGCCGCUGAGCUAAAUCCCACCCCCUAUCUUUUAUUUUUAUUAGUAGAUGUUUACAGUACAUUAUUGCAUUCAUUAUGGGGAGUUAGGACAUGUAUACAGCACAACCUUAUUCUAUUUUUGGCCCUCUUCUCCCCUCAAUUUUUAUUUGAGCGAAGCAUGGUGGCACAUGCUCCUAACCCUAGUAAUCAGGAGGCUGAAGCAUGUGAAUCACACAAGUUCACAAGGUCAGCCUGAACUAAGUAUCAACCCUGUCUCAAAAAAAAAAAAAAAAAACCCAAGUGUUUAAGCAAAAGAUAAG